CGUUGGCGACCCGGGUAUGAGUCUUGCAUUCACCGAAUUAAACAACACUACAACGGGAGGGGAACUCCGCCUACAAACGCUGGCCAGACACUCCCAUUCGAUGGAAAGGGUUUCUCAGACCUAGCGGAACGAGAUGAGAUAGAGACGGCCACUGAUCAGACCUCAGCUAUAAUGCCCCUGGCGUCAUCCAGGCCCUGGGCGUAAUUGAGAAGGAAUUACAAAACAUAACAGAGAAGGAAUUCUUGUGAAUAUUUUCGCCUCCGCUUUUGUUUGUUAUUCUUUAGUUGUUUAUUUCACAAUGAGUGCAGUCAUGGCCUCCGAGGGCUGCUUUAUGUCCGCUUUACUGCCCAACACCCAGGUAACCGCUUAUGCAGUCCCCAGCGACGCACAGCUCAGAUCCGAUGGGAAAUUAAUUGACGGAGUCGCGAAGGCCAAGAGAGUCCAACAGCAAGUCCAGAUGCGUCUUGCCCAGAGGUCCUCCUCACUGUCGCGGCUGAAUGGAUUGCACUGCGCCUCUGCAGGCCCCAGCAUCUCGUCUGCCAGCUGGAAGCCCAGCCCUCCUGCUCGCAGCGCCGGCUUCAGCUCCGCCUCUCUGGGAUACUCAGGGAGCCGCACCAUGGCGGUUCCGGUGAUGUCUCACUAUUCUGGUGGCUUCUCAUCGCGCUCAGCAGUGGAGAGCAGCACCAGGUACAGAACCAGCCAGUCAGCAGCCAGCACCACCUACCCCCACCUCUCUGAUGUCACCAGGGGGGGUUACCACGGUGGGUACCCGGGCGGUUACCAUGACGGUUACCAUACCAACCAGACCAGAGCCAGAUCCAGAUCUCUGUGCCAGGCCCACCAGGAAAUGGCACCCCCUGAUUGGCUGGUACACCAGGAAGUGGCUGCGGCCCCUCCCACCAUGCAACGCUCUCUCAACGGAACUCUGGCGCGUGGGGGCGCGGCUGCCGCUGGGUGGAGGGAGGAGGAGCUGUCCUACCAGCACUCCUUCAAAGGCCCCUCCCAUCGCACCAUCAGCCGCAUCACCAACAGGCAGGCGGGGGGCGGUGUGUUGGGCGCGGCGGCGCAGCAGGUGUCGCUGGGCGUGGGGAGCGUGUCGGGGUCGUCGAUGAGGCGGGCGCCUUCCCUCCACAGCAUGAGGAGUGUGGGGAAGGGCGUCGACCUGCAGGACGCCGGCUCCUGCCACAGCAACGACAAGAUGGGAGGGGUCCAAGGUCUGGACAUGGCCACUGCGGUCAGCUACAUCUCUUCGUCAGACACGGCGCUCCAGGCCCUGGGAGCUGCCUACAUACAGCACCAGUGUUACCAUAGCAACGAUGCCAAGAACCAGGUGCGUGUCCUGGGAGCAGUGCCAGCUUUAGUGCAGCUCUUCACCAGCGAAAGCCAGGAAGUCCAACGUUUUGCCACCGGUGCCACAAGGAACCUCAUUUAUGAGAACAUGGACAACAAGACAGCUCUGAUGGAAGCUGGCGGAAUCUCCGCCCUGGUCAGUGCUUUGAGAGAACCGGACGAGGAACUUCGCAAGAACAUCACUGGUAUUCUGUGGAACCUGUCUUCUAAAGACAGCCUGAAGGAGAAGCUGACCAGAGAGACGCUGUCUGAGUUGACAGAGAGUGUCUUAGUGCCUCUGUGUCACCCUGGAGACUCUGGACACCUCAGUCACAGUCCCUCCGAGGCAGACAUCUUCUACAACACCACUGGCUGCCUCAGGAACCUGAGCUCGGUGAGCCAACGUAGCCGGCAGCAGAUGAGGGAGACCAGAGGCCUGCUGGACUCUCUGGUGGCUCAUGUCCAGUAUGCCGUCCAAGAGGAAAAGGUGGAUGACAAGGGGGUGGAGAACGUGGUGUGUGUUCUCAGGAACCUGUCCUAUCAGCUCUACAGAGAGAUGUCUCCAUCCACUCUGCUGCGACUGGAGGGGCCGACCAGGGGCGGGAACACCAAGGACAGCCUCCCCAUUGGCUGUUUCACCCCCCAGAGCAAGAAGGCCAAAGAGCGUCGCAACCAGGAGCUGUCUGCCCUGGCCGAGGUGGUGAAAGCUCCGCGGGGGUCGGAGUGGCUGUGGCACCCCCAGGUGGUGAGGCUGUACCACAGCGUGCUGCAGAGGUGCGAGAGCAACUCCAACACGCGCGAGGCAGCAACCGGAGCGCUGCAGAACAUCACGACAGGAGACACCAGGUGGGCGAGUGUGUUAGCGGGCGUGGUGCUGGACCAGGAGAGGAUGCUGCCUCUGCUGUUGGAUCUCCUGCAGACCAAGAGUGAACUGGAGCUCCGCCCACUCACCGGCCUGCUGAGGAACCUGGCGCGUCACUGUCGCAGCAAGGACAACAUGGCUACCAAGGCAGUGCGGGUGCUGGUGGGCUGUUUGCCCAGCGAUGGCCACCAGAAAGAGCCCUCCAGCGAUGUGGUUGUCAACAUCUGUGGCACGCUCAACAGCUUGGUGGCUGGAACCUCGCUGGCGGCCAGGGACAUCUGCUACUUUGACGGUCUGCCCAAACUGGUGGCCAUUAAGAAGUCCCACGACAACAGCCCUGGGAGGUUGAAAGCAGCAGGCGCUGCCUCCACAGUCCUCAGCAACAUGUUUCAGUACAACAAGCUGCACAGAGACUACAAACAGAAGGGCUUUACGAGGAGUGACUUCAUGGACACAUUGCUCUAGAGCAGCCACGGUGCAGGGGUGUGGUCAGUCCGCGGGGGUGUGGUCAGUCUGGAAGGACUGCAGUGUUGCAGCCAUGAGGAGGAGGAGCUAUUUCUGAUGCAGCCAUGGUGACAGAUGGGCUGCAGAGGACAGCUGGGAUGCCUUUUUAAUUCAGAACAGUGUUGGACUUUAUUUGUCUUUUUCUGACUCAUGAUUAUUUGUUGAAGUUUUAUUUGAUGAAACUUGUUUCAAGAUGUGUGUGAGUGUGUAAGGGAGACAAAUUAGUCAGUUAAAAAAAAUAUCAACUAACUGUUGCCAGUGUGUGACUACAAUCAAUGGAAAUGUACUAGCUUAAACGGCUCAUAUAAACUGCACUAUAACUGUAGACAAACUUGCUCAAAUCUUUUAAUUAAAAAAUUAAUUAAUCUAAGCUGGUCUAACACACUCCAAAAGAAGGAUUUCUUUGAGGAGGGGAAGUGGUCUGUAGUUUCCGGAAAAUACACUUUUUUGAAAAACAUCUGUUUCUCAUCAGACAACAUUUAUGUAGGAAUCUGCCGCACAUCCCAGAGUGCACUGAACCAUUAUGGAGGUCAGCAGAGGAAGAGGGGGCGUCUCCAUGGGAACGGCCAACCUCGCAAAGGAGGGAGUGAGUGAAGGAAUGCAGACACGGGAGUUGGCUUGGCUUUAUCUCCUCUGGGAUCAGCCAGAGGUCAGCCAGGGAUCAGCACUGCUGGGGGGUGAGAGGUUCACCAGACCUCUCAAGAGGUAUCAGAACAAAAACACACACACACACACAAAUUGUAGGAAUUGUGGUUUUACAAAGGACACCCACCAUAUCUUAGUAGGCAUGUUUAAAAAGUAUUAGUUGAACAAACUCAAAAAUACUGACUGAAUGCUAUACAUAGAGCAUGCUGCCCUCUUGUGGCAAAACAGUGACACAUAACAGGGCCAUCUCGUGCAAAAGGUUGGACAGUUAUUUGAGAGCUAAUUUGAAAGUCCUGAACAAUCUUGUUUGAUCUCUCCGCCUCGCUUUCUGUCGUGACACUUGACCAAAAGUCCACAGAGCACAGGGACACACAUGGAUUGAGGUUUUCAAUGAACCUUUAUUUAGCCAAAUGAGGAGUGAUAUGGAAGAUGACAUUUCAUACUCCUCGGGAGGAAAACAAAGAUCAGAAGCACAACACACUGGCUCUGUAGACGAACAUAGCAAUGGAGCACAACGCAUUACAAUAAUGUCCCUGAUGUUUAACAUACAGCAAACAUCCAAAUUAAAUAACAAAGUAAUACAAUAUGCGCAAACCGCAAAAGGCACAACAUUUUAGCAUUUGCUAAGUUAAAUGACUGUCCUGAAUUGAAUGUACUGUACAGUUAAUAAAAUAUUAAUAUACUUCACACUUUACUUUCCAUUGGCAGUAGGGAUCUACUAAGAGAUGUCUUAGAACAUGUAAACAGGAACUUGAGAAGAAGACUGUAAGACAGUGAGUUAAUAAAGAUCCUUUUAACCCGUAUUCCGUUGUGUUAAUGUGUACAUAUAUACUGAAUCAUACCAACCAAGGGAUACCAAA